ACGUGGAGGGGGGCCGGGUUUACACGAUGAGCCAAACUGCAUUCUGCCCUCCUUCUCCCGAGUUAUUAUCUGUUUCAGAAGGAACUUGAGUUUGUAAAACAUUUAACUCUGACUCAAAGACGAAGCGGUUACCGGCCACUUCAGAGGCACUGCGUUUGUGUGUCGAUUCAUUCAUAUUUUUGCAUAUUAAUUAUAAACAUUUGCUGGAUUUAUUUUGGGGUGUGCAAGUCGAUGAUGGCUGCCUACCUGGGCCUGGAGGAGAGCACCGCGGGCCUGAUGGACACAGCCAGCAAAGCAGAAAAAGAACAAAUUAAGAUUGAAAGUGUGGCGGUGAAAAGUGCAGAGAAAGCGGACGCCACUCAGAAGCCGCCGUACUCUUACGUGGCGCUGAUUGCCAUGGCCAUACGCGACAGCUCGGAGAAGAGACUAACACUUUCAGGUAUUUACCAGUACAUCAUCAGUAAAUUUCCUUUCUACGAGAAGAAUAAGAAAGGCUGGCAGAACAGCAUCCGACACAACCUGUCACUGAAUGAGUGCUUCAUCAAGGUUCCCCGGGAGGGCGGUGGAGAAAGGAAAGGAAACUACUGGACCCUGGACCCUGCGUGUGAGGACAUGUUUGAAAAGGGAAACUACCGACGACGGCGGCGCAUGAAGAGGCCGUUUAGACCGCCAACGUCACACUUCCAAGCCGGUAAAUCUAUUUUCGGUGGGGACAGUUACGGAUACCUAUCUCCUCCUAAGUAUUUACAACCUGGGUUCAUGAAUAACUCAUGGUCUCUGGCGCAACCUCCUGCGCCCAUGUCCUACACGUCGUGCCAAAUGGCGAGCGGGAACGUGAGUCCGGUGAACGUCAAAGGCUUGACGGCGCACUCCUCGUAUAACCCCUACUCCCGUAUGCAAUCAAUGACACUGCCGGCCAUAGUCAAUUCCUACAGUGGCAUGAGUCACCACCACACACACCAGCACCAUCAGCAGCUCAGUCCGGCGGCGUCUCCUCCAGUUUCCGCUGUAAACGGCACCGGGCUUCAGUUCGCGUGCUCGCGGCAGCCCACAGAGCUGCCCAUGAUGCACUGCCCGUACUGGGAGCACGAGGGAAAACACUCCGCAUUGCACACCCGGAUAGAUAUAUAGCUCUAUUUAUACCAACUACCCGAGACUUAUAUUAAUAAAGAUGUUUUUUUAUAUUUACCAAGGGCUAAAAAGUGAAUUGCCUGGGUGUGGGCGAGUGCAAGUGCAAAUAAAACUGAAGUGGAACCAAACACGGGAAUCUCACCAGCGUGUUGAGGUUUGGAUGCUGUGGUUAUCUCUGCUGAAUAAUGAAUCACAAUGGUCUUAAAAAAUUACAAUGUAUUUUUUAUUUUAUUAAUAUUCAUCAAGCCUUAAGUGUCAAAUUCAGUUAAAUAAAAGUGACAUGAGAACCGGUUAAACAUUUAAGCAGCUCUUCUUCCAUAAUAGACACUCUUCUGAAAUGACACGUGUGGUCGAAUAUUUAACGUGCAAAGAAAUUUAAUCUCAACCAAUCUGUAGAAUGGCAGAAUUAAAGCCACAAUGUUGCGUUUACUCUCCGUGUGGACUGAAUAAGUCAUUAUUGGAAAAUAGUUUUAAUCUUAUUCACAUUGUUGUUGUUGGUGGUGUUGUUAUGAUGAUGAUGAUGAUGAUGAUGAUGAUGAUGAUGACGAUGUUACACUCAGUGAAACGCGUACUUGUUCUGGAAAGACACCGAUAUUUGUGGGUUUAUUGUGGGCAAACAUAGUUUAUUAUUAUUAUUAUUAUUAUUAUUAUUAUUAUUAUUAUUAUUAUUAUUAUUAUUACUAUGUUUAUUAUUAUUAUUGAUAAUUAAUGUUAAUGUCUAAAACCACCUGGGGACCAUAUUUAGUUUUUACUUUUCAAUUUCUCUUACCAUGACGCAGUUAUCCUGAACUUAUUGUGAUGAAAUGUAAAAUUAUUAUUAUUAUUAUUAUUAUUAUUAUUAUUAUUAUUAUUAUUAUUAUUAUUAUUAUACAUGAACAAUAUACAUUUUGCCCGCUUUAAUCCACAGUUAUACUUUUUUAAGAAUAAAUCAUAAAUACGAAUCUGUUGUGCGCGUACAUUUUAAUUUUUAGACAAAUAAAAAAAAUAACCUUAAACAAAUUAUACCAGGAAGGGACGGUGACAGCACGAGAUCGUUGAUUGCCAAGUUAUACAUUUUUAUAAAGACAAUAGUAUAUUACUAUAUCAAUCCAUAGCGGGGCACAUGGUCUGAUCCUGUAUUCUUCAGGUUUUAAAUUGAAAUGUGUUUGUUUGUCCUUUUUUAAUACAGUAAAAACAACUGAGUAACAAUCUGAGACAAAUUCAUAAGCCUUAACUUUAGGGGACCUUACGUACUUUAUUCAUUUCUUCUGGACUGCGCUCAGCAUUUUACCCUGACGCCUGAACCGAAAUGUUCAGAAAGCAGUACCGCACGCGCAGGGGUGUUGCAGUGGUAAAGUAAUGGACCGGAACAAACUGUUGUACCAAUAAUUUUGCAAACUGUCCACAUUUUACUCAAAUGUAUCUAACAAUAUAAACUCAGGGCCGGGGCCAAGGUGGGGGUCAUUCGCGGGCCGUGUCCCCCAACAAGGUUAUUGUGCCCCCUACACAGUUUUAAUUCAUUUAAUAUAUCAAGAAUAAUUCAAAUACAGUAAACAUUGAACGUUAUGAUUUUUAAUGUAAUAAAAAUGAGAAACUACA